UCUUCACGAACACCAUCCCUGAAUCCAACAACACAACUUCACAAACACCUGUGGCCCAUCAGGAUAUAAUUAUUCACACUCCUUUAUCAAUAUGUGCUUGCUUUCGUAUGUUCUUCAACUCUUUGGGGGCAGGACCUCUUACCAAAGGAUAUCCGGGACGGAGACGAGUCAGAUGACCCCCCUCGAAGAGAAUCCGGACGCGAUGAUGCACGGCAAAAAUAUCGGCCCGGGUUACGCGAAACCCGUUGAGUGGGAUAGUUUCCCUCCGAAUCCUCCCUCCACCAGCCGAAUAGGUCCGCUUCCUCGAAGGGAACAAAAUCCCACGACCGCUCCGAUAACAGCCCGGCCUGGAAAUCUCCAACUCAAUAUCUACCCUGCUGGAUGCCUUUCUUCCGAUUCCACAAUAGCUAAAGAAUGGGGGGCAGCCUGGGUCGCUGUUAUGUGGCUCCACACCGAAGACUUGGCCCGUCUGAUGAGGGAUGGAUUUGAUUGGGACGAGAGCAACGUUAUUAAGGAGGCCGGUUUUCUUACGCGCGAGUAUAAGAAGAAAAUGCCGUGGUGGGGACCGAAACCCAGCUACUUUUCGGGCGACCCCGAAGAAUUCCUCUGCCGACACUUCAGCCUCCGUUCUUCUGAAGACGACCCAAGCUGGACUGCGAGUCUGACCGUCUGGUUUCCUACCACGAUAACGGAUCCCACGCCAGAAGCCGUAAUCCGGUUCCGCCUGGCUGAUCUCCACCCAGAGAAUAUCACCAGCGCAGUUGCAACUGACGAUAAUGGGCGCACCGUCUACUGGUUCUCGUGGUUUAGGCCUAACUGCCGUUUUAUUAACUGUAUCUAUGACGAUAUGCCCUUGCGGGGCUGGUGGCCCUGCCCUAAGGCAAGGCCCGAGGAAGAAGAAGGGUUAAACGAGACUUUGGGAGAGGUGAAGUCUGAGGAAGAACGGGCAAGAGAGACCUUGGGAGAGGUGAAGUCUGAGACGAAGUACGACGAAGAAGGGGCGAAUGACACUGCUGGCAGGAAUGACAGCAACCAUGACCUUCCCUGGCAAAUUAUAACAGAGAAUGACAUGUAAGGUACCUGCAGUUAGAGUAUGUUCAGCCUUCAGGGGCUCGAGUCUACCUUCCGAGAUGUAGGAGCUACGUCCUCUUACGGGUGCACCUCCCUGUGCAGGUCUGCCAAUCUGUCAUACAGGCACGU